AUGGCUACUGACUUAGCCUGGGAGUUUGAACUUGAGGCUGUCACGGCUUCAGAGCUAUUCAUAAGUACACCUAUUAAUUAUGUGUGUGGGGUAGAUCCCGUGGAGGUUUCAGAACUAGUGGCAGAAAAUCGCCAGCAUAGACAGGAUCUUGCUUCAUCAGCCAUAACAGCAGAAAAUCAGCAAAGAAAUUUUUCUAGCAGUGGAGUACAGACAGACAAACAAAGAAAUCAAUUUGAUUUUGAGGAACUCCGGAAGAGUGAAAAACAAUUAAGAUAUUAUACUGGAUUCUCAACAAAACAAUUUGAUGCAGUAUACAAGUUUUUAGUACCAGAUGGAGACUAUCCAAUAAACUUGCCUUCUAACAGACAGAAAGAAAUAAUGUGCAUAACAUUGGAAAAUCAGCUACUGUUAGUGAUCAUGAAACUGAGACAUGACUUUGACUAUGUAGACCUUGGCUACAGAUUUGGUGCUAGCAAGCAAACUGUGAGCAUUCUAUUGACACACUGGAUCAACUACAUGUUUUUAAGGUGUGGUGAAGUUUCCAUUUGGCCACCAAGAGACACGAUUUUUCAACACAUGCCACAAAACUACCAACAGGACUUCCCAACUACUUUUGCCAUUUUCGAUUGUACAGAAAUGAAAAUUUGCAAACCCUCAUCUUUGUCUGCACAAUCACAAACAUUUUCAGACUAUAAAUCAACAAAUACAUUAAAGAGUCUUGUAGCAUGUGACCCAAGGGGAUCUAUCAUAUAUGCAUCAAUGUUGUUUGCUGGAUCCAUGUCAGACAAGGAGAUAUUUAAACAAUCUGGGUGCCAGGAUAUGUUGAAAGAACUUGUAAAGGAGGGAUAUUUGAAGGAGGGAGAUGGUGUAAUGGCCGACAAAGGAUUCAACAUCCAUUCUGAAGUGGAAGAGUGUGGCUUGAAACUAAACAUUCCGCCUUUUGCACGAAGUGGAGUGCAAAUGACAAAGCAUGAUGCUUUACAUACGAAGAAAAUAGCAGCACAUCGUGUACAUGUUGAAAGAGCAAUUGCUCGCAUCAAACGUUUCCAAAUUGUGGCCAGGCGUUUGCCACUUAGUUUAUACACCAGCAUCAAUCAAAUCUGGUAUGUCUGUGCAUUCCUGUCAAAUUUCUUUAAUCCCUGUAUUCAGGACAAAUAA